UUUAAGGGUGGGUCAGGGCCAGGAAAGUAGCACUUGUCGCUCGGAGUCCGGGAAAUCUCGAAGCCGAGGCGCCGACCGUGGGCAUGGCAGCUUGGUCCCAGCCAGACUCGGGUUUCUCUGGAAACCCCCCUGGUAAGUGCAGAGGAGGCGGGACACUCUGACCCAAGACAAAGACCUGUAGCUCCAGCCAAAGAAAAUAAAGCCUAGGAAGGAGAAGGAAGGAAAGAAAGCAAGAAGCAAGAACUGGUCAGCUGCUCUCGCGGACAGCCCGCAGUGGGAUCUACAGAGGACACUGAUGGGAGGCGGUCUGACUGGAUGUGGACUGAAGACAGGAAACUGAGAGGGCCUUGAGGGCCUGGACUGGGUUAGCAACAGCUGAACUUUGAGAGGUGAGGUGUCAAGAAGGGAAAAGUGAAUGUGGUCUGGAGUGUGGCUUUUGCUCCGCAGGGCAUUUUUUCCUCUGGGGCCAUCAGGGAGCUCAGCCCCUGUGGUGUCCAGGGUGGGGUACAGGGUCUCGCACUGAGGAGGGUAACCUGCCGGCUGGAGUGGCAGAACAGUGGCCUUGAUUUGUCUGGCGGAAGAUUUAAAAACAAAAAGGCAUAAGCAUUCUGGUCCUUCAGCAAUGCUUUCUCUGAAGAAAUACUUAACGGAAGGACUUCUCCAGUUCACCAUUCUGCUGAGUCUGAUUGGGGUUCGGGUGGACGUGGAUACUUACCUGACCUCACAACUCCCCCCACUCCGGGAGAUCAUCCUGGGGCCCAGCUCUGCCUAUACCCAGACCCAGUUCCACAACCUGAGGAAUACCUUGGAUGGCUAUGGUAUCCACCCCAAGAGCAUAGACCUGGACAAUUACUUCACUGCCCGGCGACUCCUCAGUCAGGUGAGGGCCCUGGAUAGGUUCCAGGUGCCUACCACUGAGGUAAAUGCUUGGCUGGUUCACCGGGAUCCAGAGGGGUCUGUCUCUGGCAGCCAGCCCAACUCAGGCCUCGCCCUUGAGAGUUCCAGUGGCCUUCAAGACGUGACAGGCCCAGACAACGGGGUGAGAGAAAGUGAAACGGAGCAGGGAUUCAGUGACGAUUUGGAGGAUUUGGGGGCUGUGGCCCCUCCUGUCGGUGGAGACCUAACCAAAGAGGAUAUAGAUCUGAUUGACAUCCUUUGGCGACAGGAUAUUGAUCUGGGGGCUGGGCGUGAGGUUUUUGACUACAGUCAUCGCCAGAAGGAGCAGGAUGUGGAUAAGGAACUGCAAGAUGGAAGAGAACAAGAGGACACCUGGGCAGGCGAGGGCGCGGAAGCUCUGGCCCGAGACCUGCUAGUAGAUGGAGAGACUGGGGAGAGCUUCCCUGCACAGGUGCCUGGUGGGGAGGAUCAGACAGCCCCAUCCUUGGAAAAGUGUCUUAGGCUGCUGGAGGUCACCUGCCCCUCUGGAGAGAAUACUAAGUUCCCUCCAGACGUUUCCAGUAUCACAGAAGCAGUGCCUAGUGAGAGUGAGUCUCCUGCCCUUCAGAACAGUCUUCUAUCUCCUCUUCUGACGGGGACAGAGUCACCAUUUGAUUUGGAACAGCAGUGGCAAGAUCUCAUGUCCAUCAUGGAAAUGCAGGCUAUGGAAGUGAAUACAUCAGCAAGUGAAAUUCUGUACAGUGCCCCUCCUGGAGACCCUCUUAGCACCAACUACAGCCUUGCGCCCAACACUCCUAUCAAUCAGAAUGUCAGCCUGCAUCAGGCAUCCCUGGGGGGCUGCAGCCAGGACUUCUCCCUCUUCAGCCCCGAGGUGGAGAACCUACCUGUGGCCAGCAGCUCCACACUGCUUCCACUUGUCCCGAGCAACUCUACCAGCCUCAACUCCACCUUUGGCUCUACCAACCUAGCAGGGCUUUUCUUUCCAUCCCAGCUCAAUGGCACAGCCAAUGAUACAUCAGGCCCUGAGCUGCCUGACCCCCUGGGGGGCCUGUUAGAUGAAGCUAUGCUGGAUGAAAUCAGCCUGAUGGAUCUGGCCAUUGAGGAGGGCUUCAACCCGGUGCAGGCCUCCCAGCUUGAGGAGGAGUUUGACUCUGACUCAGGCCUCUCCUUGGACUCCAGCCAUAGCCCUUCCUCCCUGAGCAGCUCUGAAGGCAGCUCUUCUUCCUCUUCCUCCUCCUCUUCUGCUUCCUCCUCUGCCUCUUCUUCCUUUUCUGAGGAAGGUGCUGUUGGUUACAGCUCUGAUUCUGAGACCCUAGAUCUAGAAGAGACCGAGGGUGCAGUGGGCUACCAGCCAGAAUACUCCAAGUUCUGCCGCAUGAGCUACCAGGAUCCUUCUCAGCUCUCUUGCCUUCCCUACUUAGAGCAUGUGGGCCACAAUCACACAUACAAUAUGGCACCUAGUGCCCUUGACUCUGCUGAUCUACCACCACCCAGCACCCUCAAGAAAAGUAGCAAGGAAAAGCAGGCUGACUUCCUGGACAAGCAGAUGAGCCGAGAUGAGCACAGAGCCCGAGCCAUGAAGAUCCCAUUCACUAAUGACAAAAUCAUUAACCUGCCUGUAGAGGAAUUCAAUGAGCUGCUGUCCAAAUACCAGCUGAGCGAGGCUCAGCUGAGCCUCAUCCGGGACAUCCGGCGCCGGGGCAAGAACAAGAUGGCUGCACAGAACUGCCGCAAGCGCAAGCUGGACACCAUCUUGAACCUAGAACGUGAUGUGGAGGACUUGCAGCGAGACAAGGCCCGAUUGCUCCGAGAAAAGGUAGAGUUCCUGCGGUCACUGCGACAGAUGAAACAGAAGGUCCAGAGCUUAUACCAAGAAGUAUUUGGGCGGCUGCGGGAUGAGAAUGGGAGGCCCUACUCGCCCAGCCAGUAUGCGCUUCAGUAUGCUGGGGAUGGCAGUGUCCUCCUCAUCCGUCGCACGAUGGCUGACCAGCAGGCCCGGCGACAGGAGAGAAAACCAAAGGACCGGAGGAAGUGAGCCUGGGGAGGCAGGGGGUGGACGCUCACUAAGACCGAAACUGGAGAAGGGCUGGGCCUGGACCUAACAUUGGGGACUUAAAUGCCUUCUUAUCCAAUAUAUCUUCUCAGAUGGGAUGACUGCGGGUCAGUGCACAGAAGAGGCGGGCGCAGGCGCUGUCUGGCUUAGCUUCCCCACUGGGUGUGGGGAAUGACCAGACUGUUUGAGUGAUUGGGGUCCCUAGCCUAUCUCCCUUCUUUCUCCUGAGGGAAGGGUGAUGUUGGCAUGCUGAAGGUAGAGGAGGAGGCUGUGUCUGAAGGCUGACAGAGGGGAAAGGAGGACUUGGGAGAGCAGAGAAAGUAGUGGAACGUCUCAU